UGGACGGGAUUACGCAGCGCAACGCAAUUCCCUGUGCUGCGCGUUAUUCCCUGGGAUUCUCCGCACUGCAUUUCUCCGUUUUCACGUACGGAUCGACAGUCCCUCCCACGCCCCGAGGUCCUCCUGAGAUACAUUAGCUAUAUGGAAACAUGACCAACGUUCCGCAGAUCGUCAAGAUCGGGAUUUCGUUGAAAAUGCUUCCCAACAACACCGCCGUGUACUUCAAAUCCGACGGCACUCGGUUCGGACAAACCCGGACCAUCAAGCUUCUGACUGGAUCGAAGUACAAAAUCGAUGUGGUUGUUAAGCCAGGAGCAGUCGAGGCCACUUCAAUGAGCGUGGGUGGGGUGACCUUCCCCCUGGAGCAGCAGUCUAAAGACCCACAAUCUGUGGUCUAUACUGGCCUGUAUGAAACAGAAGGGGUGGCACAUACCAAAAGUGGAGAGAGGCAACCAGUUCAGAUCAGCAUACAGUUCACAGAGGCGGGAAUGUUUGAAACGGUGUGGCAGGUGAAGUACUACAACUACAACAAGAGGGAUCACUGCCAGUGGGGAAACAGCUUCAACAGCAUUGAGUACGAAUGCAAACCAAACGACACGCGUACGCUCAUGUGGGUCAACAAGGAAAUGUUUGUGUGAUGGUCUGAAAGAUUUGAUUUGUAAAUCAUCAGCAUGUUGUUGUGAAAUGAAGCCAACUCUUUGGUUUUACUCUGUUUUCAUUCUGUCUGAAAUCUGCCAAUAUCAUGAAAAAAUUAAGUUUGAAAGGAAAAUGCAGGGUUUCCCUCCUUUAUGCCCUCAAAGAAUCCAUUCAUGCUGCUGCCAAUUCAGAUCCUAUGGUCAAACAUUUAAAAUGCAGUGAUGUUUCCAGUCUUUUCACAGUGGUUAUAUUUAUUUAUAGAAAUAAUAAUAGAAAUAUGGCACAUUUAUUGUGGAUAAAAUGAAAUUAAAGUCUAUGAGGUAAAUAUUUUUUCAUAUGCAGUUGGUUUGUGGAGUCUGAUAACCCUCAAGUGUGAUAAGACUUAUAUGUAAGUACAUUAAUGUAUGUGCGUGAGUGUUUAGCUACAAUAUAUGUGGGUUUUACAUAUGGUGCUUGUACAGAUGUGUACUUGGAAACUACAAAGAGUUUCAGAGAGUUUCAUUUCAAAAUCCAAACUUUUCACAAAAUUCUUGUUAUGUUAGUUCUUGUUAAGUUGAUUAUAUCUAAAUGACAGAGCAGUUAAGUAUGGGCAAAGAAAUUAUCUAUACAUGGUUAAAAAUUCAUUACAGUCAUUCUUUGUCAGCUGAUUUAACAAGUGCAGUAACUUACACAAGAAUCAAAACAGCUGUCUCUGUAAUAUAGAAUUCAGUUCAGUUCAGCAUGUUGUUGCCAUUUUAAGUCAUUAUUGACUCUUCCUAUGCAAACUUUGAUUAGCUACUAUUACCUGAAAUGAUUAUUCUAUCUUGUCUGAUGCAUGUUUAAGCCCAUACCAUUUUGCAGUGACACUGGACUGCACAUCUUGUGAGUCAGCAACCAUGAAAUUACCUUAUAUUUUGCUGUCACACAUCAUUUAACUCGUGCCGUUGCCUACACUUCAAGUGAGUUAAAAAUAGUCACAGUUUUGGAAUGAAACCCUCAGGGCAGUGUUGUGGAUCCGUGUGUUUAUCAUUUGUGUAAUACAGUUUUGCAAAUAGGAGUUUUGGAUUUGGGCGAAGUUGUGCCCCUAUCUACUGUGUGUUUGUUCUCUCUACCUCUUACAGUGGUUCUUGCCACGGAUAUUUGUGUUUAAUGACAAAUAAUUUAUUUGGAAUGUUUGGACCAUUUUGUUCUAUCUUAUGUGGUAAACAUAUAUUUUAAAAAAAGUAUUUUUGUACAGUGAGUGAACCAUGUGAAAUGUUUUCAUAUUACUGUGCGUACUUUGGUAGAAAUGACAACUAUUUUCAAUUAAAUACUGAACCGACCUAUGCAAGAAAGUGGAGCAAAAAGCAAUAGUAAUAUUGUCCUGUGCAGUGGUGAAAUGUAUAUUUAGUAUUGUUCCGAUCUUUUUGUGAAAGUGUUGGCUGUUUAUAUUGUAGAUAUUAAAAUGAAAACUCUUUUUGUGCA